UCCUCUUCAAUCAGAUGCUUUUUUGGUUUGUGCCUAUGUCAUAGGCCCAAGGACUCUCUCCCUCAAGGGGUCCCAUGUGGAGGCAGAUCAGCACUGUAUGGUGCUAACAUGGUUGUAAGCAUCACAAGGCAUUUUGGGGGUGAAGGUCAAAGGUGUAAGUGUGGAAUGGAAGAUUUUCUUGAAGAGAGGGAGAGGCGAAGAGGGGGAAGGAUGAAAAGAGAAAAGAACGGGUUAACUUGAUACUUCAGCUAGCUCUGUGUGAAGAUAAGACACUGGCCCCGGUCCAAGGUCACGGGUGCGACGAAAAUCUGCAGCUGCCCAGCUGUGAGAAGAGGAGAACAAAGCUGAGCAGGGCUGCAGAGAUAGCAAUAAAAACAGUAAGAGCAAAUGAGAUGGCGAAGGCCAACAGGGGGAAAAACAAAGUCUCUGGUGCCGGGAUGUUUUGGGAAACUGAGAAGGCCACAGCGAGCCAGUUUGAACUGGUACAGAGAGCACCAGAAACAGAGGACCCUGGACGAAAACACCCGCAAAUGAGCCCAGGACUUAAAACCCUCCUGAGAGCCAAAGCAAGGUGGAGAUUGCAGUGGACCCUGGACAACCCGUGCAUGGGACAAGAACUCCCGUCCACCCCUCUUCUUCUUACAUUACACCCAGGCUUGGCCAGACUCUUGUCGUGCGUAUGGAAACUGUCACAUACUUUUGACCCAGUUUAUCCAGAGAGGCUUUGGGUGGAAGAGAGAACAUUCUGCAACGCUUUUCCUUUCCACAUUGUGUUUGAUGAAGAACUAAGGAUCAAGCAGGCAGGUGUGAACAUUCAAAAGUUUGUGCCAGGACUAUGGCGACCAGGUAGCAGAGUAGAUAAAUACUUUACUGUUGUCCAUCCACAAGUUACCUUCACCAUUUUCAGCAUAAGGAAAUUUAUCAACAGUCAGUUUGUCCUCAGAGCACACAGAGAAAUGUUGCCUGACUCACGGAGAAACCAACCCAUGCUGAAGCUCCGAGGACAAAUGAUCUGGAUGGAGGCCAUACAGUGCGUGAUGUACCUGUGUUCACCGAAGCUCCGCAGUUUAGAGGAGUUGGAGGAACAAAAGAUGCACAUCUCUGACAUUGCGCAACAUGACGCAACAAGGGACCUCAUUCUCCUGAACCAGCAGCGUCUGGCAGAGAUAGAGCUGUCCAACCAGCUAGAGAGAAAGAAAGAAGAGCUCAGGAUCCUCUCAAAGAACUUAGAGGCUGAAAGGAAGAAAACAGAAACCUUGCUGUAUGCCAUGCUGCCGAAACAUGUAGCCAAUCUGCUCAAGGAGGGCAAAAAGGUGGAAGCAGGGGAAUUUAAUUCCUGCACGAUUCUCUUCAGUGAUAUAGUGACAUUCACAAAUAUCUGCUCAGCCUGUGAGCCUAUCCAAAUCGUGAACAUGCUGAAUUCCAUGUAUUCAAAGUUUGAUCGAUUAACCAGUGUUCACAACGUGUACAAAGUUGAAACAAUAGGCGAUGCAUACAUGGUUGUUGGAGGAGUCCCAGUGCCUAUUGCCAGUCAUGCCAAAAGAGUGGCCAAUUUUGCACUGGGUAUGAGAACUGCUGCCAGAGAGGUGAUGAACCCAAUCACUGGAGAGCCUAUUCAGAUCAGAGUUGGGAUCCACACAGGACCAGUUUUGGCUGGAGUGGUUGGUGAGAAGAUGCCCAGAUAUUGCUUGUUUGGAGACACUGUCAACACAGCCUCUCGGAUGGAAAGUCAUGGACUUCCUAACAAAAUCCACCUCAGCCCAACAGCAUUCAGAGCUUUACAAAAUCAAGGCUUCGAAAUAGUUGAAAGGGGAGAAAUUGAGGUGAAAGGCAAAGGAAAAAUGACCACCUAUAUUCUGAGGCAGAAUCUACAUGCAACUGAGAAUGAAAUCAUGGGGAGAGCAGAAAAGCAGCAUUCCAGUCACACGGAUCAGACGGAGGCAGAUGAUCUGGGAAACCUAGUCAGCAAGACUAUUGCUGUUAUGAAGCAUGCUGACAGCCAGCAGCUGCUCACCAGCAGCAGCCUUGCAUAUGAGGCUGAAGCCAGGCUGUGUAAUGGAGAGCAUACAAAGGGGGAUGCAGAACAGCAGCUUUCAGAUCAGACGAGGACACAGCACUUUAGCGACGGCAAUGCACAAUCUAGGCUUGAGAAUGAACAUGUUUCUACACAUUUGACCAGAGAGUUGUCUCAAGUGCACUUCAGGAAGAAGAGGGAAGCUGAACGUCACAUAGUUGACAGAUAUUGACUUCAGAAUGGUACAGGAACCUCUGCUGAAGGGUCUGGUGAAUAAGGGCUGAAGACAGUUAUAGAUCAGAGUGAUCAGAAUGUCAUGGCUCUGCAUGGUUUUCUUUCUUUCUAACCCACUAUGUUCCUUUCGCCUUGUUUCCUACAACUUAUUUGUAAAGCAGUGAACAAAUAUAAACUAUGAUCAGAUUAACAUGGAUUAUAUUGCACGUUUGUGUGAAUUAUUUCUUUA